AUGUCAUCCGUGUCAUCCCUGUGUCAUCCCUGUGUCAUCCCUGUGUCAUCCAUGUCAUCCCUGUGUCAUCCCUGUGUCAUCCGUGUCAUCCGUGUCAUCCCCGUGUCAUCCGUGUCAUCCCUGUGUCAACCCUGUGUCAUCCCUGUGUCAUCCAUGUCAUCCCUGUGUCAUCCGUGUCAUCCCUGUGUCAUCCGUGACAUCCCUGUGUCAUCCCUGUGUCGUCCCUGUGUCAUCCGUGUCAUCCCUGUGUCAUCCCUGUGUCAUCCUUGUGUCAUCCCUGUGUCAUCCGUGACAUCCCUGUGUCAUCCCUGUGUCAUCCGUGUCAUCCCUGUGUCAUCCGUGUCAUCCCUGUGUCAUCCGUGA